AUGAGACCAGAUGAAAUAUCGUUAGUAGCCAAAAGUGAUAAAUUGAUUUGUAUGUUUGGUGCGCAGUACCUAAGACAGCAUCGUGGAGAACAUUUUGUAACUGUCGUGUCACGUAAGAUGAGGGAGUUGGCAAAAUUGCUACUAAAAAUAAAACCCAAUAUCAAUAGCUUGGAACAAGUAUUACAGCCACAAUACUAUGGGAUUUUAGUGCACGCGACCAAAAUCGUAGCACGUUACAAUGAUGUAACGGGAAAAUUUGACGUACCGACCUAUACGAUGAACAUUGCGACAUCUAUAAAACAGUGUUGCGGUAUAGCUUUAAUGCAAGCUCGUAAAAUGGAAACAAACAUUCACACUGCCAGUCUUCAAACGGAUUUAAGAACUUUAUCAAAAUUGAUUACUGAAAAUUGGAAAUUUGACAUUUCCAAUCAAGCUGCUGAUGACCUUAGUAUGAAAUGGAAUAAAACAACUAUAGUUCUACUUGCUGCUGAUUUGAAGUUGCUUAUGGAUUAUCUUUGUAAAGUUUCAAAAUUGUCAUCCGACAAUUUAAAGGAAAACGUAACAAAUGUCGAAGCAUUUGACAAUUUAGUUGAAUGUACAUAUUGUCGGGUACUUCUUCUCAAUAGACGCCGACAUGAUGAUAUACAACGCAUUACGUUAAAUGAUUACAUUGAUAACGCUAACGAAAAAAACAAAUUUCUUUCCUGUACAGAAAAAAUGCUAAUUGAUAAUUUAAAAAGAAUUGUAAUCCGUGGUAAGAGAGGAGAGGGUGUGCCGGUUUUAUUCACCAGCGAAAUCCAAAAUGAUAUUAAUAUAUUGCUCUCAAUGAGACAUUUGUAUGUCUCUAAUGAAAACAAUUUCUUAUUUGUGAAAACAAGCGGUUCUAUUGUUUGUGACUACAAAAUAUUAGAAAAAUAUGCACAGGCGUGUGGUGCUACAAAUUAUAGAUCUCUUACAUCUACGCGGCUACGAAAACACUUAGCUACCAUGAGCCAACUGUUCUCUAUGACUGAAACACAGCGAGAACAACUAGCUACUUUUAUGGGUCACGCGUUAAAUGUAUAUAAAGACAAUUAUCAGUUACCCAGCGACAUUUAUCAAACUGCAAAGAUUUCUAAAUUGUUAGUUUUGAUGGAAGAUGGCAAAGCCGACCAAUAUAAAGGAAAAGCUUUCGAUGAAAUAGAUUUCAACUUAAAUGAAGAAGUUAAAGGAGACGGGGUUGAAAAUGAAAAAGUUGAAUUUGAAUUAGAAAAAGAAGAUCAAACAGAAAAUCCGAGCACCCCUCACCGAUCCGUUUCACAACAAUUAGCUCCAAUAUCUUGGGAGAAAAAGAAAAGAAAACUUGUCCCUUGGACGAAUGAACAGAAAAAUGUCGUUACCAAAUAUUUCAAACAACACAUUCAAGAUAAAAAGCCUCCCAGACGCGCGGAAUGUGACGAAAUAAAAAAGAAAUACCCUACACUCUUUCAAAAUAAAGACUGGUUAAAAAUUAAAGUUUUCAUUCAAAAUAUUUAUAUGAAGAAAUAAUUGUUUUUUUUUUUA